AUGGUCCGAAACCUCACCCCAGUUGGCGUCGGGCCUGGUGAUACCGACGCUCCAAGGAAAUGGCCCAAAAACCCGGAAGACGCUGUUGUCAACGACAUGGACUCUGGUGCGCUCAUCAAUGAAUUGGCGAAGCUUGCAAUUCUGCCAGGGAAACUUGACUUGACUCCCGACGAACAGGAAGCCUGCAAGGAAAACCCCGACAGUCUGAUUUGGACCCUCCGUAGAAAGGAGCCGCUACCUAGGAUUCAGAAGGGAACAUAUCGGGGGACUCAGCUGGCGCUCACUAAGCUCUACGAUCUUAUAGAACAGCGCUAUGUGUCCUUCAUGGAUGUAGCCCAGGUUGAACCUUUGAUUCCGUCGACUCUGACCCUGGAAGAUAAACGCGACUUCUUUCAAUUUACAAAGAGUGAAACCGAUGGCUUCCCACCCCAUCUUAAUCUUAGCCUCAACAAGAAAUGGGUAAAAGCUGGGAACGAGCCAGACCAGGAACAGCAAUCAACCCUCUCUCAAACCCAUAUUUUUGAUUUCGGACGCCUGAUUCAGUUAUUUUUGGUUAUGAAAGGUAUUCUGCCAAGGUUGAUUUAUGGGGGGGUUGGCACACCCGAUGCAGGGAAGACGCUCGCAAACGUGGAGGAUUAUAAUAAGCAGCAACGCGGGAAGUCUAGACACAACGAUAUAUUCGAUCGUCCGAACGUGGGCGAUUUGAAAGAUUGGUAUAGCGAUUCCCGGUUUGCACAACAACACCUUACAGGGACGAAUCCUACAACAAUUGAGCGGGCUUCAAAUGAUUGGAUAGAUCACUUUAUCCGAGCCGCAAAGACAUCCGAUGAUGCAGUGGCUAAGAAUACCAUCACUGAGCUCAGUACCAGCUGCCGAGAGUCGUUUUACAUGCAGGAUUACAGCUACUUUCGCAAGGCUGCUGGUAUGGAAUCGGCUGCCGACAUCAAAUGCGAGGACGAAAACAACAAAGGAAGCUAUCGCUAUGGUUGUGCGUCGGUGUGCCUUUUCUUUCUCAAUGAAAAAGGCCAGCUUUACCCGCUAGCUAUUGUCACGGAUUGGCGGGGCAGUCUUGAGACUUCCGUGACAAUAUACAACCGGGAAUUGUUCAAGCGGACAGAUAUCCAGUCAGGAAGCGAAAAGCAUGACCCAAAGGUCACCGUAACCGAGGAGGUUAAUGACUGGCCUUGGAGAUAUGCCAAGACAUGUGUGCAAGUUAGUGACUGGCUUCGGCAUGAAGUCACUGCACAUCUUACACGUACUCAUUUGGUUGAAGAAUCCAUCAUAGUCGCCGCCAACCGGCAACUUGAACCCGAGCAUGCUGUGUUUCGGCUACUUCGUCCGCACUGGCAGAAGACCCUGGCACUAAAUGGAGCUGCCCGGAGCACUCUCGUUCCCUCUGUCAUUCUCCCGAUAAUCGGGUUUCAGCAAGACGAAACCCUUAAGUUUAUGCAGAACGAAUACAGGAAUUUUAACUUCAAGGGAAGCUACGUACCAACAGAUCUCGGCGCACGGAGGUUCCCUCCAGAGCAACUCGACACCCCAAAGUUUCACAACUACGCCUACGCCAGAUGCAUCAACAGCAUGUGGAAGAAGAUCAGGGAGUAUGUGGAAGGCAUGCUUUCUCUGGCUUACUCAGGGCCCGAUGCUGAUAGGCAAGUCGAGAAUGACACAUCUAUUCAGAAUUGGUCGAAAGAGAUGCGGUCUCCUGACGGUGCCGAUUUGCAACACUUCCCAGUCAUUGGAACAUUCACAGAGCUGAUCGACUGCGUGACGAUGUGUAUUCACCUCGCAUCUCCCCAGCACACGGCUGUGAAUUACCUACAAGACUACUACCAGGAUUUUGUGAUCAAUAAGCCUUCCUGUCUUUUCGCUGAGCCUCCAACAUCUCUGGAGAGCUUGCUCAGAUACACCGAGGAUGAUCUUGUCAAAGCGCUGCCUAUAAAUCAUACUCAUGAAUGGCUUCUUGCUUCGCAUGUUCCAUACAUCCUCAACUUCAAACCAAACCAGGAAAACGAAACGCUGAUCGCGUACGCUCUUUCGCAGUGGGACAUUUAUCGUAAAAAGCCCAAUCCCUCUGAUGUGGAAAAGAAAACCACAGCUGUGCUCUACAAAUUUUACCAGGCGCUUCAAGGUAGCGAUGAAGAAUUCGACCAGUACGCACGCGCGAAAGACGAUUUCGAUGACAUCCCGUACAACGUGUUGAAAACAGAUUGGAAUGCGGUGUCGAUUUUGAUCUAG